AUGAUCCGAACUUUGACCCUCGCGUCGGGUUCAAAGUGGGGCACGGAUUUCCUUUCUGGGAUGUUUGACAGCCUUAGCUCCGCCGGUCCGCCGUCCCCGGCCCGCCCGCCCCCACCGGGGUGGGGCGGGAGAGAGAGCGAGAGAAAAGAACAAAGGAAGAGGGAGGUUCUGGAUCCGAGUGAUCUCCGCCAUCUUCCCCCCGAUCUCUCUCUCCAACACAGCCUCGAUGACCCAAUUAGCCCAAUCAGGACAGUGUUCACAGCAAAAGUGAUGAAAGUCCCACGGCCCACAUCAGAUGAUCCUCUCCCCUAUGAACCGCCUAUCCCUGCCCCUCUGCCAACCUUUGACCUUUGA